UCCCGCUCUUCGGCUCGGUGCCAUGAGAACAUCUGGACCUGGAUCAUCAGAGAGCUGAGAUGGAGCCCAGAGCCUUCGUCCCCCUGGACAUCGACGAGCUCCACUUGCUGCUGCAGGUGGAACAGAACCAGGUCCAGAAAAGAACCUUCACCAACUGGGUCAACGCCCAGCUGGCCAAGAGGCGACCUCCAAGCCAGGUCCUGGACCUCUUCGAGGAUCUCAGAGAUGGAUCCAAACUGCUGGACCUCCUGGAGGUGAUGAGCGGACAGCGCAUUGGCCGGGACCGCGGCCGGGGGAAGUUCCAGCAGCGCAGCAACUUGGAAAAGGCUCUGACGUUCCUGAAGAACAAGUCGGUCAAGCUAGUCAACAUCCAUGUGCCCGACAUCCUGGAGGGGAAGCCCUCCAUCAUUCUGGGUCUUGUCUGGACCAUCAUCCUUCAGUACCAUAUCGAGGAGCUGGCCAGCAACCUGUCCUUCAGCUCCCGCCAGUCCUCCAUGGAGUCCCUGGCCACUCUGGACACGCGCUCCAGUCGCUCGGGCAGCAGCAGCCCGCUGCCCUCCAGAGGCUCGCCGCUGCACCGCAGCUUCAAAGUCUCCGCCAAGAAGGCGCUGCUGCUGUGGGUGCGCGAGCAGUGCCACAGAUCUGGCUGUUCCCUGAGCGUGAAGGACUUCAAGGGUAGCUGGAGGAGCGGUGUGGUCUUCCUCGCCGUCCUGUGCUCUCUGAGACCAGACCUGGUGGACCUGAACCGGGCCAGCACCAGGAGCAACAGGCAGAACCUGGAGGAGGCCUUCGACAUCGCAGAACGAGAGCUGCGGAUUCCUCGACUGCUGGAUCCAGACGAUGUGGACGUGCGGGAUCCGGACGAGAAGUCCAUCAUGACCUACGUGGCCCAGUUUCUGCAGUACUCCAGAGACCUGCCGGAGCCGGACCAGGACUCGCAGUUUUUGUGUCCUCCCCGAACGGGGUCUCCGGUCACUCUGCCGCUCCACUACACCCCUGCUGUGUCUGCAUCUCCUCUGCAUCAGGCAACUCCAGAGAGGAAGAUCCAAGAAGUGACCUGCUGGUUGCUGCAGGCUCAGGAGGAGCUCCUGGAGAGCUGGGACUCCACAGAGGGAGAGAGCUACGCCGAGAGAUACCAGGUGUUCCAGACCUUCCUGGUCUCAUUCAGCGAGCAGCGACGCCCCAUUGUGCCGCUGCUGUCAGCACUGGCGAGGACAACCACACCGAGCGAGGAGCAGCGUGCUCUGAAGGAGACCUGGGACUCUCUGGCCGAGAAGCUGCGACACUACAGAAUGGAGCUUGACAUAGGCCUUCCACCUCCGCUGGACUCUGUGGCCCGCUGGCUGCUGAGGAGCGAGGAGGUUCUGACCGAGGAGGCAGGCGAGGCUCAGGACCACGGCCUCGCCGCAGACCGGGCCCGGGACAAACAGGAGAGACUGAAAGUCUGUCUGGAUGAGAUGCCGCAGCAGCUGAAAACCUUCCAGAAUUUCCAGAACCUGGACCAGGAUGGAAACCCCUUGGUUCCAAUGGAGAAGAUGGACGAGCUUAAGAGAAGGUUCACGAGUGUUCGGGUCACAGCCAAGUAUCACGGGCUCAAACUGGAGUACCAGGAGCAGCGGCACACGGUGCUGGACCUGCUGGGUCAAAUCCAAGCCAAACUGCGUGUGUGGAGGAGACUGUUUCUCUGCGCUGAGGGAGUUCGAGUCCUGCUGCAAGACUGGCAGGACCUGGUGGAGAUCCGAGAACUCCCUUCUCAGUUGGACUCCAGCGUUCACAGACUCAAACACAUUUGUGAGAAAUUCUCCACCAAGUCAGCACUCGCAUCGGACUACCAGCAGGUCAGCCAGCAGGUGGCGCAGCUGGACGAGGAGUCUGGUGUGGCACUGCGAGAAGUGACAUCGGUGAAAAGCCGCAUGAGCCGAGUUCUGUCUGCGUGGGAAUCGUACCGAGACGUUCAGAGUUCUCUUCAAGCCUGCGUCCUGCAACACACUGCCACGCACACGGCAAGAGCCCAGGUUACGUCCGAGCAGAUGUCGGAGUGGAGCGCUCGUCACGCUCACCUGAACCAGGUGGGGAAGUUCCUGAUCGAGGAGACGGACCCUCAGACGGGCCGGAACCUUUCGGAUGAGCUCAGACGAAUCAACAUCCAGUGGAACGACUUUGUGAGCAGCAACAUCCUUGAAACACACGCCCAGAACCAACCACCGGAUCUGCAGGCUCUGAUCCGAGAAGCUACACUGCUGCUGAAGGAACCGGUAGAGACCCUGGGGGGACAACUGAUGACCUUCAAGAAGAGAGUCCAGCUGACCAUGAGGAAGCUCCAGGAUGUGGAUCUGGACUCUCUGGUUCCUUCUCCAGAUCUUCCCGCUGAGCAGCUACACAAACUGAAGAUGGCAACACCUGAAGUGGUGCAGACCUUGAGUGAAGCCCAGCAGGUUUGUGCCGAACUGCAGAGCUGCACCUGUGGUCUGGACAGCCGUCUGGCUGAGCUUCUGCAUUGGGAGGCUGAAGCCCGAGAGCUUUACCAGGAACUCAGAACCAAACCGAGACAACACCACCGAGGCCAAGACCCAGUAGCUCGGGAGCUGAUUUCCCGGGGCCUUCAACUGGAGGGUCAGGUGGUGACCGAGGAGCAGGACCUCCAGGUGAUGGUGAUGAGCAGUCAGAAGACCUCGCCCAUCCAGUACCUCCACGCUACAGCCAUGCAGAACAAAGUCCAAGCAGCUGUGGCCCAGUCCCAGGAAGUAAUCGGGCUGUUGAGCAGCCUGGGAUCCAAGAAAGACAGAAGCAGGAGCCCCACUGAUGCACCCCCGUCCAAAGUCUUCAUCCAAGCAAAGGAGGUGUUUGAACAACAAAGGCAGGUGGAUCCCAGCCACAAUGCGCCUGCCACGGGAAAAAUGUUUGUGCCGAAGAUAGUGGUGCAGGAACAUUCAGGAUCAAUGACCACGUCUCCCCCAAUGCCAUACACUUAUGCACAGGCUGUAAUGCAGGUCAGGGGAACUUCACCACCAGACACUCGACUGGUCUCGACUGUGACCACUCAGGUCCAGAGAGGGCCAGAAGAACAGGCACCAGAACAGACGCAGCCGCAUCCAGAGGUAGACCACCCAGAAGCACGAGUGAAAGAGACUGCUGAGGACCAGAUGCUGGGGACAGAACAUCAGAAUGUGGAAGUCCAGCAGGCCAUGGGAGAACCACAACAAAUGCCUGAGUUGGACAAGGCUUUGUCUCCUCUCCCAUCAGUUGCUGGCAGAGCCCUCGGCGCCAAGGAGCUCCAAAAGAAAAAGGCUAAAGCUUUGAAGAACCGGCCAUGGCUUCAGAAACCAGAGCAGGAGACACCUGUGAAGGAAACAGACCACGCAGCUCAGAGUGAAAGUAAACAAACGGAUCUUGAGUCUGGAACCUUCCAAAUUCAGCCAGACAUUGCAGGCUCCUCUCAGUCCACCACAGCGUUGCCUAAAGAGGCAACGAAUCAGUUGCAAACUCAUACUUUAGUGACCAGAACUGCAUCCAGGACUGUCCCUAGCAAGCAGUCCCAGACAGCAGGUCAGACACAGGCUGAUGCAGCUGGUCAGGAAACUGUGAGGACACAAGGAUUCACACAGUUCCUCCCCUCCGGUGCGUCCCAAAUGCCGGGGCAACAACAAACUGUGUGGGCUCAGGGUGAGCUCCAGCCUGUCGCCUGGUCCGCAGUCAUGCCUCCUUCGCAAACGCAGCCACCGCAGGCUUCUUAUGUUCAGCUUCACACCCCUCCAAAGUCCUGGGCCCCAGUGAGGGCUCCCUCUCCGAAGCCCCAGAAACAGGCACCAGGACAAAUUCAGUCUGCCACUCAAACUACACUGAUCACCAAGACGAAGAGUCAAGUGGAGUCAUCACAGACAGAUAGUGCAAGAAGCAUGACUCAGACCUUACACCAUGACACCAAGCCUGGACCAGAGGUCUGUCAUCAGACGAGUGAAAGCUCCUCACUGGUCAAAGGUUCCACCCCAUCUUCUAAACAGUCCCAGCUUCAACCCCAGAUGGCAUUCCUGUCACAUGGUCCAACCAACAUGACAGCUGCUCCGCCCACAGGUUUGCCCCAACCACAUGCUCAGCCCACUGCUACAGGGUCGCAAACCAUGAGCCUUCCACAGCUUCAGGCUCGCCACGCCGCCCCUCUUCAACCACAGAUGCAGGCUCGUGCUGGUACUUCUCCCCGACCACAGUUCGAGAAUCUUCCUACGGCCUUGCCUCAACCUCGGAUGCAGUCUCACCCAGCUGCCUUUCCUGGACCACAGAUGCAGACUCACUCUGCAGCCUCUCCUCGACCCCAGAUCCAGACUCACCCUGUAGAUCCUUCUCAGUUUCAAACCCAAGCUCACUCUCAACCGCCUCCUCAUUCGCAGUCCAUGGCUCAUUCUUUAGUCCGCCCUCAGCCACACGCCCAUCCUCAAACUCUUUUCCAGCUCCAGCCUCAAAGACAGGCUCAACCUUUACGCCAGCAGCAACAGCCAAAUAUCCACACUCUAUCUAUGGUGCAGGGUCAGGCACCUCCUCAGUAUCAAACACCUGCUCCACCUGGAGUUCAGAAUGUUGGAGGUCCCACUCUAGGCCAAAUGCAGCAGUGGUCACCAAUAAGACCAACAUCCUCAGUGCCUAUGCAGCCCAGUUAUCCCCAGGGUUUCCCCCAUGCUCAGUUUCCACCCCAGCAAUGGACCUCCAAACAAGAGCUACAAAAUCCGGCCUCCACUCAGUUCAGACACCACGUGUCGCAAUCAUUUGCCCCGCGACAGAGUCAAGAUGCACAGUCGGUACCAUAUCCAGCUGUUCAAGCCCCGCCUCAGUGGCAGGAAGCUGGCCUUCGCCCUGGUCUGCAGAUGGGUCCCUCUGAGUAUUCUCACUUGGUCCAAACUUACGCUCAGCCUCAGAGCCAGCACUGGAGUCCAGCACAAGUGAAUCCUCUUCAACAUCAGAUCCAGUUAACAGACUAUAAUCUGGGUCAGAUCCAGAUGCAACAAAGGGCAUCUGUUCAGCAUCAUUCAUAUCCCCACCACCCGUUUCAACAGGAUUCACAAGUGGGGCCACCGCAGCAAAGUCUUUAUCAAGGCCACCCCCCAGCUCAGGCCCCUCACCCUGCUAGUGUUCAACACACGGUAGCACCGCAGCAGACCAGGCAGCCACAGGCUUCAUACAAGCUACCAUCGCCACAGCAAUCUGUGGAAGAAUAUCAGCGUUUAGCUGAGAUGACCCCACAACUUCGGGGCCCAUCAGCAACAACAACACCACAGCAGGUCCAGUCAGCCACUCCUGUGAAGAUUCAGAUGGAAAUGCAACCAAAAUCUGAAUCAACCACCCGACCUGAUUCUGGAGUUGCGCAACCAAAACCUCAGACAUCCCACCAGCGAGAUACAAAGUCGCCAACCCCUCCCAAGGAUCAGGUACCCACAAAGCCAGAGGAUACGCUGUCUUGGAGCAGUAAGCAAACAAUCCCAGGUAGACCCACAAUGCAACAGCUGCCACGCGAUCAAAAAGCUCCACAAGCUCCAUCGCCACAGCAAGAGAAGAUUUUGGCGUCUUCUAAGAUGGAGUCCAAAUUCCCAGUAGAACCAAAACAAAAUGUGAAGUCUGCAGAGUCUGGACCAGCGACUACCUUGCAGACUCCGACUCAGUCCUCAACACAAUCUGAUCAACCCAGACUCGUAACCAAAGCAAAUGACCACACAACUCUAGCACCAACCCAAACACAAACUCAGCCUCUUGUUGAGCCAGUCACACAGGACGUCACCCCACCAAAACAUCUGCAGUCCCAACCCAAUUCUUCACUACCACAAACCCAGACAGAGCUACAGGAGAUCUGCAUCAGACCUCCGGUCCUGGCCCAGGCACCGCCGAAGGCCUACACUGAGGCUUACGCCAAGGCCCAGGCAUUAGCCAGGAAUGGGUUUGAAGAGGCCAAGUUCUGCCUGCAAGAACACAUUCUGGAUGUCAUCAAUGUGUUCCAAGUCAAAGGUGUUUCAGCGGAGAACCUGGCUCUGAAAGAGGAGACUCUGAGGACCUUGGAUCAGGAUUUGUUGGAGGAGUUUCUAAGAGCUGCCAAAGGCAUGGAGGCCUUCUGCACCCCUGCACAGCUCAGCAAGAUGGAGCUGUUCACGGAAUCUGUGCGGUCGCAGUGGGAGGAACUCCAGGCAGAUAUGUUGGGUUUCCUGGUUCACUUGCGCUUUGAAGUGACAAGGAGAAACUUUGAGUCGGCGCUGCUACUUGUUAGCUCACAGUUAGAAAAGCCCACUCAGGUCUGCUUCGCUGCUGGAGCCGGUCUGGUCGAGGCAGGUCAGCACCUGCAGGCCCUUAAAGAUCUCUGUGACAUGCUGAGCCCCGAAGAUGCUCACCGUCUUGCCACCACUCAGCUUAGGGAAUGUGAAACCAGACUCGCUGCCAUCCAGCGACAGUUCAGUGGGGACCAGGAAGCCCAGAAAACUGAAGCCCGGACUCCAGCUGCUCCAGAUCAGAGCAAGCCAGCCGACGAUGCCCAGGUUGUUGACAUGGUCCAGGUUCAAGCACCAGCCCAGACCUCAGUAAGAUGUGACCCAGUGGAGAGGACACAGCCUUCAGUAGAGGAUGAUCUUGGGCAGAAGGAAGCUCUAGAGCGGUACGAGAGCAGUAAAAGACUUCUGCAGGUCCAACUGUCCAAAAACGAUUUGAGUUUAAAAGAGGUUCAGUUGGACUCUGUCUCACUGAAGGGUCUUCACACACGACUUCAGGACUUGCAGUUCCUACGGCAGGAAACGGAGUCACUGUGGUCCGACUUCACGGAGCAGUUCUGCAGGCUGAGUGCAACCCCUGAACUGGACUCUGAGAGGCAGGGGCUGCGGGACCAAUGGCGUCAGCAACAGUCCAGUCUGCAACGCAGAGGAAGCUCCCUGGGAGCUGCACUCCGUCAAAUUGACUCCACUGAAAACCACAUGGUGGACUUCACGGAACGGCUGGACCGGUACCUGAGGCAGCCCAAGGACGUAGCUGGCUUCUCAUUUGCCAGCAGCAACAUCCUGAAAGAUAUCAAGGAACUGAAUGACAACAUCCAGAACGAGCUGGACCAGCUAACCCGUCUGAAUUCAGAGUCUAGCAACCUGGACCCACAAGACUGCUUCCCACUAGCUCGGGAGGUGGAAACUCACAGAACCAGUCUGGAACAGCUACGACAGCAGGUCUGUAAAAGCGAGGCCGCGGCGCGUGCCCUGGACCGCUUUCUUAUGUCCCUGCGGACCAUCGACGAGGACGUGUCAGGAGUUCACGGUGGCCUUAGUACGGUAGCAAUGGUGCAGGAAUGCAGGGGUAAGCUGGCCCAGAUCCGGCAGAGCAGUGACAGCCUGAAGGAAAAGGCGCCCCAGCUGGACGUGCUACUGCAGGGGGCCAGACUCACCCUCACCAGAGAGGGACGUCCUGCCUCCUGCCUGGACAUGGUGGGGGUCCUGCUCCAGCGCUUGGACGAGGCCGACCAUACGUUGGAGAGCCAGAUGCAAAGCUUUAAGAGGGAAUCUGAGAACAAGUCCUGGAGCUUGAGGAGGAUGGCUUUGCUGGGCGAGCUGAAGGCUCUUCAGGAGGCUGCCCUGGAAGGACGUCUUAAGGAGCUGACCAUGCCAGCAGUGCAGCAGAGGCUUCGUGCUCUUGCUGACCUGGAGGACCAACUGCAGAACCUGGAAAAAGAGGUGCAGAAUCUUGCUGAAAGUGAGGAACAUGGUGGAGGAAAAGACCUUCCUCAGGACCUCAACUCUCAAUACCAGCAGACCCGAAGAGCUGUGAGAGACAGGAAGCAGCAGUGCACCAUUCUGCUGGACCUGUUGAAGAGGUUUCAGACCAGUCGGGGUCAGCUUGACAGCAGCCUGGAGAGAGCAGAGCAAAUGGUCACCGAGCAGAAGUCUUACAUGGGCAAAGAGAACCUGCAGAGGAGCAUUGCCAAGCUGCAAGACAUCCAGAAGGACCUCAAGGGCCUUGGCAACCAGAUGGAGGACUUGAGGACGGUGUGUCGGCAGCUUCAUUCGCACUUGAAGAAUUUUCCUGACUGCAGCGAGUCACAGUUUGAGUCAGACUCGCUGAUGGACACGUGGCUCGAUGUCACAGAGAAGACGGACAGUCACAUGGACAACCUGCAGGUGGCGCUGGAGCUGUGGGAGAAGCAGCUGAUGCUAGCGAGUGAAGCAGACUCAUGGGCUGCAGCCAAGCUAGCGCUGUUUGCGGAGAGUCACCCGUUCACCAAUGAACAGCAGGUCGAGGCCAUGAAGAUCGAGAUCCAGAACUACCAAGAGCAUUUGGCACUCUUUCACAGGAAGACCAAAGAGAUCCAGGAGAUACUGCAGAGUCAGGAGGCUCCUUUGGAACUGCAGGUGCUGGAGACCCAAAUGAGGAAGAGGAUGGACCAGGUCCAGGAACUUUUUAGCGACUGCAGUGAUGUGUUUGAAGAACUGCUUGCCCUGAAGAGACAUCUGGCUCAGAAGAUCCAAGAGGGUCAGGCAGCUGUGGAGAAGAUUCAGUCCUCCAUCAGCUCACUUGAUGUCUCGCAGAAGAAUGUUGAGACUCAGAUCCAGGACCUGACUGAGGACUUGGAAGAGCAAGAGGAGCAGGCAGAGGCUGUGUGGAAGGAGUUAGGUCUGGUGUCCAGCGUGGCCAGUUCACAGGUCCUGGAGGUCCUCAUGCUGGACUGUAGUCGACUGAAAGACGCAGUCACCCGUGCUAAAGAUAUGAUCCAGCUGAAGAGAGAGGAGCAGGACCAAGGUCUUCAGAAGGUCCUUUCCGACGAGCGACAGUCCUUUGACGACUGGUACCAGAACUCGCAGAUGUCGGUCAAUGAGUGUUUCGAGAACCCAGAGACACGGGACGAUGUGAACAUGUCACUGGACCGACUCACUAGAUUCUUGAAAUCCUUGGAUCCUGAGAGACGCCUAGACCAGCUCCAGGUCCAUAUCCAAAGGGGUCACAGGCAAGUUCCUGAGCAACAGAUCUCAGAACUCUCAACCUGGAUGAGUGAGCAGCGCCAGGAGGUGUCCACCUUCAGAACCCACUGUCAGAAUCGGUUGGCCCAGCUGCAGGAGCUUCAGCAGAACUUGGACUCGUUGCAGAAGCUGCACGACCACUUCAGGGACUUGCUGCAGACCCGAGAGAAGCAGAGUCUGGAACCAACCGGAGCCAAGAAUCUUCUCACCCACCUUCAGAACCAGAGCAAGAGCAUGGACUCCCUGGGCGAUCUGCUCGCCACGGUCCGUAAAUUAGGUCUGAGGUCUGACGUGAUCCUGAAGGACGGAGACAAUCUGAUCCAGCGCUACCGGAAUCUGGAGACCCGGCUUCAGAAGGAGCUGGAGGCACAGAACCUACAACAGGAGGCGUUGGAGAGUUUCAAAAGAGAAGUGGAAAAUACCCAGAGCUGGAUUAGAGAGGUGCGGCAGCCAGGGUCAGAAGAUGAGGAAGUCCAAGCUCUGAACCUCCUCAGGUCCAAACCCGAAGGUGACACCAGAAUCCAGGACCUGAAGCAGCAGGCCACGACUCUAUGUGAGCAAUCAAACCUGGACCAGGUUCUAAAACUCCAGGUUCAGGAAUGGCUGCGGUUGUCGGAGGACCAAUGGAGGGAGGCGGUGUCGGAAGCUGAGAGUGCUCUAGAUCGGGCCAAGACUUCAGCGGCAUUGGAGCGGCUUCGCAAUAGCAGUGAUGGUGUGCAGAUGUGGAUCCAACAGCAAAAGGUUAAGCUGGCAUCUGCUAGUGGUCACCUGACAUUUGAAGACAAGUGGAAGAUAACACAGGAGGUUUCUGGUUCUAAAGUCGAAGGAGAAGCUCGAGUGUCAGAGCUGAGGUCUCAAGCUGAAGUCCUGAGCGCAAGUCUGAAGGACACAGAGCGGUCCCAAGUUGACAAGCUGGUCUCUGAGACGGACCUGGCGUGGAGGAACCUCCUCCGGGCCCAUCAGCAGACUGAGCUUCACAGUCUGUCCGACGACUUUGACGCUCAAAGUCAAACCUGCCUAGCGAUGAUUCAGGAGAAACUGCAGCAGCUUCGGGAGGCUCGGCUCUGCUCCUCGCCCGCAGAGCGCCACCACUUCAUGCAGACGCUCCAGAGCUGCCGGCCCGACAGUGACUGCCAGGUCAACAACUUGAGAAGGCGCGGACAGAGUCUGAGCGACCGGCCUGACCUGGAGGACGACCGGAGACAGCGAGUCCAGCAGACAGUCAGAGACACAGAGGAGCAGUGGAGGAGCUUCCUGCAGGAGGUCCAGCAGCUGCAACAGGAGGGCGAAGUGCAGGAGGAGAAGAGGCAGAAGCAGCUCAAAGAACUGCAGCAGAACCAGCAGGACACGAGUGACUGGAUCUCAAAGAAACAGGAGCAACUGGACUCAAUGAUCCAGGACCCUGCAGUUGAGUCUCAAAUAGUCUCUGCAGAGACUAUCCUCAAGUCCAAGUCUGAUGGGGACUCUCGCAUCCAAGACCUGAAGAGAUGCCUCCACAAUUUGAGUCUUCUGGACCUUGAACAGGAAAAACUUGAAGCACUCCGGAGACUGGUCCAAGACACUGAGGACCGCUGGACCACAACCAUCCAGCAAACCCGAAGAGUUCGAGACAAAGCCGAGAAGCAGGUGCAUCUAAAGGGUCAGCUGACUGAACAUGAGGUUCUUAGACAGGACAUGUACAAUUGGAUGGAGGAUAAACAGCAGCAGCUGGACAUCCUGGACUGGCGUGCAGACCCAGGACUGUCCAUCAGUACGGCUCAGUCGGUGCUCGGACUCGGACCUGACGGAGACUCCAGGCUCUCGGAGCUGAAGAGAGGAACUCAGUCACUGCGCGAGAAUGCAGAGCUGGACCAGUCCACCCAACUGGAGCUGCAACAGACGAUCAGGGACCUGGAAGAGGUCUGGAGGAGAGUGCUGGGGUCUGCUGAGGACACACUGAGACAAGCUGAAGUUCAGUACUCCCUUCACCGGGAGCUGCAGGUCUUCCAUAGUCACCAGGCCGACACUCAAACCUGGAUCCAGGGUCUUCAGCAGCAACUGGACAUGCAGGACAGCGAUGCUGAGGACAGCCAGGCCAAGAUAGAAGCCAAACUCCACACGUCCCAGAUGGUCCAGAACUCCCGUUCGAGUGGCAAUGCUCGAGUGUUGGAAAUGAGGAGACUCGUUGGGAAUCUGUUGGACCGGCAGGACCUUCAGGAGGACCAGAGGCUGCAGGUCCAGAAGAAGCUGGAGGAGACCGAGGAGCAGUGGAGGAAACUCCAGCAGACCACAGACGACACCAACAGCCGUUUACAAAGCAUCUUGCGCCUCCUGGUGUCCUGUCGUCUGCAGCGCAGCUCGGCCCAGGCCAAGCUGGUGGACCUCCAGACCCAGACCUCCCAACUUCCACGAGUAUUUGGCUGGCCAGGUCUGGGUGAGCGUCGCCAGGCUGUGGAACAUGCUAGAACCCUGCUGGACAAGAGCGCCAACCUUGUGCCAGUCCUGGAGGACCUCAGCAGACAGUCUGCGGAGGUUUACACCCGUACUCAGGACCCGGACUGGUGUGGCUCCUCCUGCAGGAGCAUGCAAGACUCUGUCCCAGUACUGCUGAAAGACCUGACUGAGUCCCUGGAAGAACUUGAGCAAGGCAUCGUGGCCGAGCGUCACUUCACGCAGCUGCUGGAGCUUCAUGAGGCUGCUCAGGCCUGGCUGCGGGAGCAUGUGAAGGACCUGAAGGUGCCAGAGAACCAGAGAGCCCAAUUACAGGAGAGUGUGAACACACUGAGGGCUCUGCUUCAGACGGUGGACCGAGAGCAGAAGGAGCUGAAGGAGCUGGAUUCUGCCGCGGACAAACUGCUGAUCCUCUGCACACAAGGAGGUCGGGACGCUCUGACUCUGCAGGUCCGACAUCUCCAUGAGCUCUGUGACACCUCCGAGCAGGAGGUCAAGGACCGGUUGAGCAUGUGCCAGACUCAGUUGGCGGAACUGGACCACUGCCUAGCUGAGAAGAACAAGAUGCUCAAGGAUCGUGCGGCUGUCCUGCAGAAGGAAUUGAGAUCUCUGGAGCAGGAGCUAAGUCCCAGCGAGCCCCAGCUCAGUGAGUCUCAGUGGAGCAACCUUCAGACCACUCUGGAAGCCCUGAGAGUCAAAGUUCACCAGUUGGAACUGGAAAUUAUGUCAGAUUCUGAUCAGCUUCCACCCGAGGUCCUGACAGCAACCCACUCACUGCAACAACAACACAACAGCCUGACGACUCGGCUGAAUGAGCGACGAACGUCACUCCAGCAGACUGAGAGGGAACCUGCAGACUUGGCGACGCAGGUGUUGGCAGAAGGUGCAGUGCUGCAGACCCUUCCCCAGCAGCAGCUGACUGACGUGGCCGACUCGCCAAUGAAAGAAGGUCCUGAGACACUGCUCGUUGCAGGCAAACACCAAAGUCAGAUGACAGAGUGCCUGGAGGAAGUUGUCAAGGCCAAAAAACAUGAAGCUUCGGGGAUUCAGACGAUAGACCUCAGUGACAAAGUCUCAUCGGCCACCUUGGCGCCACCACCUGGUACCAAAGUCUCACUCCAGGAAACCCAAGUCCAGACUGACACUGCCUGUGGUGUAGCUCCACUUUCUGUGGAGGUGAACCUGGUCUCGGUGGACAGGGUCACAACCAAACCUGUUCAACUCCAGUCUAGUCCAGUAGUACCAGGAGUUGGUGAAGAUUUUGCAGGGAAGUCUCUGGAGGAUGAUACUGAGGAGCGACCUCUGAUCCAGUCUAACCCCCCUCUUAGGCCAGUGACAGUGGAGACAGCCCCAGAGAGGCCUGAAUAUGGGUCAGAGCCUCUUGCAAUACUCCCCAAGGAGUAUGUGCAAGUUGAAGUUGCACAUAAGGAGGUAGCGGAACCACAGGAACCAAAGCCUGAACAUGUUACGGCCGCAGAGCCAGAUGGUACGAGUCUAGAGCUGAAGUCCAAGAGUCUUCUGCGCUCCACCUCUCAAGACCAAGUACCAGCUUCAGUUGAGGACUCAGAGAGGAUCCAGACUGCAAGUAAGGAAGGACAAGAGUUGGGAAAAGCGGAAUUUGUGCAGACAGCUUCCUCUGCUCAAGAGCAGGGAGAAAAGAUCUUGCUGCCCAAAAGGCGAUCGAAGUUCAGUCCAAAAACCUCUAAAAAGGAUCCUUGUUUGAUAAAGUCUAAAAGUCUUGACGUGGUCUCAGAAACCCCCACACCGCUCAUUUCAACCACCAAAUCAGACAGAGACCAGAAGAGUCAGGAGAACAAGUCACAGUCUGUCAUGACCAAGUCAGUCACAGCAUCUAAGCCUGGACAGGAUGUUCUAGGAUCAGCGGCUGCAGGAGUAGAAAGCACCGUGAUGAUCGUCACUAAGUCAGCCGAUGAAACAAUGGAACACGACUUGAAAACUUCAUCCACCAAGAAGUCUGGCAGUCAAACCAAUUUGAAAGACGGAGGUGAGGUCAGACAGGAACCAACAGGACUGGAAGCCACAAAACCAGCUGAAGCCAUUGGGGACCAGGGAAAACUAUCUGUGCCCAAGAGAAAGUCAAAGCUGGCAAAAGAUUCUCCACAGCUUCCAAAAAAAGACCCUGCUACAUUGGAGUCCCAGAGUGAGGACAGAGUUUGGGAGGCUCCCAAAGAACCAAGGGCUCUGGUUACCACUGCCAAGGACCAACCUGACAGUCCAGUGACUCAAACUUUGAAGAUGCAAGAAGGGAAAGUUUCACCACCCAAAAGGAGAUCAAAGAAGCCUGAAGACUCUCCACGUCCGCUUAAGAAGGAGCCCCAAGGUGCACAUGGAAAACUCAGUCUGGAAACGCACACAGAACCGCCGAAGGAGAUCUUGGCAGCAAAGAAAGGACCUCAGAUGUCACCGAAAUCUAAAGCCAGAGAGGUCAUGAACAUCGUCUCAGGGGAAGAAGGAGGGGUUUCUUUAGCCGAAAGUGUCUUGCGUGGUCAAGAAAAAAGUCCCACAGUCAGUAAGAAAGCCCAUGACAGCACGACAGAUGUAAUGGAGACUUUAGGGAACAACACCGGCCAGGUCUCGCCAACAAAACGAAGGUCUAGAGUUGCAAAGUCCUCCCCUGAUGUUCUCACAAAAGCUUCGAAGGAAAUGAAACAACCUGUGGGUCAUACUCAAGAGCAGGCUCAGGAUGUCACGCAGGAUGUUCCCAGGAAGGAGAGGUCCAAGACCGUUUUGGCCAGUGAGUCAGAGACUAGUACUGAGCCAUCUGCAGAAGUGAAGCAAGAAAGCAGAUCAGCCCCUGUGGUGCCAAAAUUGUCUCCACCAAAACGAAAAUCAAAGAUUUCACAGAGUCUGACGCAACCACUAGAUAAAGGGUUUGAUGAGCGCCAGCAGCCUUCAUCUGAACAUCUGACUUUAAGUGAAGUUACUGCCGCUCAAGAGGUCAAACAGUCACCUCCUCAGAGAAAACACAGAAGAUCUCCAACAGGUUCUGAAAAAGAGCCAGACAGCCAAAGGCGUGGAUCUCAGGAUCCCUUCUCACAUCCUAGUGUUGUAGACUCAACAUCAGACGGACUGCAAGGUUCCGAGGUCAAGGAAGUUAGAAGUGAGGAGUCCACAGAUGCAGUUGCCAUGUUGACAAAUAAAGUGACAGCUGUUGUGAAGCCAGAUGACCAAAAGGCUUCAUCAGAAUCCACCAAGACUGUCACAGAGGAAGUACGAGAAAGUGAAAAUGAGACGACUCCUCAGGAUGUGAUACAAGCUGAUGAGGCUACUGCCGAACAAGCUCCAUCAAUAUCAAAGUCCCUAGAGGUUUCCACGACUGUAGAAGUUGGUCUCAGUUUGGACUCUUCAGUUAAGGAACCAAAGCAGGACUCUACAGUCUUGGAUGUUCCUUCUGCUGCAGCUGAAAUGGCGUCAAGAGUAAUCCAACCUGCUCCUAAAGAGGUUGGAAGGCUCUCACCUCCAGAAAGAAAGUCUAAGACUGUCAAGGUUCCUCUUACACUACCAGAAAAGACACCAUCUGCGUCUUCAGGUGAUGUCACAUCAAAACCCGACGAUGUUCAUGCUGUGGAGAAGAGAGAGGACACUAAAGAUGCUGAAGUUGAGGAGUCAUCAAGUGAAGUUCAGGAAGGGUCUGAAAGUGGAGAUGCCUCCUCAACUACACAGACGUUGGUGUCAGGAAUAAUCCAGGCUGCCACAGCCGAGGUGGGAACGAUCUUUGGUCCCGAGAGAAAAUCAAAGGUUUUCCCAGAGCGUCCAACAGAUGAGACCAGCAUGGUGGGAGAGCAAGACAGUCAGGUUCUGCGUCAAGAAACUGUGUAUGCUGCCAACCAAAGUGCUGAUUCAAAGAAUAAUGUACCAAAUAAGGACCCUACGGUUAUUGAGGAACUUUCUGCUGCAGCGGCGGCAGCGACAGGGUUGGUCCAAACUGAUCCUGAUGGCGGAAAGAUCUCACCCCCACAGAGGUCCAAGACUACCAAAACGUCUUCCAAAGCUUCUAAACAGAGAGCCAGGAACCAGGUUUCAUCUGCACCUUCUGAAGUAGUUGUGAGACCAACUGUCAUACCAGCUGAUGUUCAACUGUCAGCAGAAGAGAAGCCAGAAGAUGUGAAGGUUUCGUCAGAAUCCACCAACAAUGACACAGAAGGAGUCAGAGAAGAUUCAGCUGAGAGGUUGACUCUUGAGAAUGAACAACUAAGAGAGUCAUCAACAGUUUUGGAUGGAGAACAAGUGCCAUCAAUGUCACAGUCCCUUGAGGGUUCCAUACUUUCAGAUGUUGCUACUGUUGAUCAAAGUAACAAAGGAACUCCUGUGAAGGAACCAAAGCAGGACUCUACAGACUCGGAUGUUCCUGCCACAGUAGUGGAACUGGUGACAGGAGUAAUUCAAGCUGCUACUGACCAGGUAGGAAGGCUCUCACCUCCACAAAGAAAGUCAAAGACUGUCAAGGUUCCUCUACCAGAGAAGACACCAUCUCUAUCAUCAGGUGAUGUUUUGUCAAAACUCGACAGAGAAGAAGACAAAAUCUCACAGACUGGUGGACUGGAAAAGAUUCAGAGGGUCUCCACAUAUGUUGCUGCAGUGGAAGAACGAGAGGAAACUAAAGAUGCUAAAGGUUCUGAGGUUCAAAGCAAACCUGGGAGUGGAGAUGCCUCCUCAUCUGCACUCAAGCUGGUGACAGGAAUAAUCGAGGCUGCCACUGCAGAGGUUGGAAAGAUCUUUGCUCCUGAGAGAAAGUUGGAGGUUUCCCCAGAACUUCCCAUGGAUGAGACCAAAGUGGUGGGAGAACCUGACAGACAGGUUUUGUCUGCAACUUCAGAUGUCUCCAUAGGGCCAGCUGAAGGGACCUCUGGAGAAGAUGUUCAACAUUCAAGAGAGAAGGAACAGCAAGAGAAACUGAAUGUUCCUUCAGAAGCAGUUAUCAGAGUGAAGCCAAAGAAGACAAGAGGGCCUGUUAGUCCAGAGACAGCUGAGGAGGAAACUGUGGCAGAAGAACUGGUACGUUCAAGUGUGGAACCUUCACGAGUUGAGGGACUAAAACAGGACUCUGCCGUGUCAGAUGCUUCAUCAAUUGCACUCAAACUGGUGUCAGGAAUAAUGGAGUCAGCCACUGCUGAGGUUGCAAAGAUUGUUGCUCCUGAGAGAAAGUCAAGGGUUUCCCCAGAACUUCCCAGAGAUGGGCUCAACGUGGUGGGAGAACCUGACAGCAAGGCACUGUAUCAAACUCCAGAGGUAUCCACACACACAACUGGAUCAACUCAAAUUCCACAAAGUGUGUGUGCUACCCACCAAAGUGUUGAUUCAAAUAACAAACCAAAGCAAGACCCUACAGUCGUUGAGGAACCUUCUGCUCCAGUGGAAGUGGUCACAGGGGUUGGAAAGAUCUCUCCCCCGGAAAGGAGAUCCAAGGUCUCGUCCAAAGGUUCUAAACAGAGAGCCAGGAACCAGGUUCCAUCUGCUCCCUCCAGUGAAGCUGUGAGAUCAGCUGAAGUUCAACUCACAACAGAAGAAAAGAAGCCAAAACAACAGAAGGUUUCAUCAGAAUCCACCAAGACUGUCACAGAAGGAGUCAAAGAAACUGAAAAUGAGGCAACAACAUUUGAGAACGACCAACCAAGAGAGGCGUCAACUGUUUUGGAAGAACAAGUUCCGUCUAUGUCACAGUCUCUGGAGGGUUCUACAAGUGCUGAUGUUACUGUUGACCACAGUAACAAAGAAACACCAUUUAAGGAACCAAUACAGGACUCAACAGUCUUGAAUGUUCCUUUUGCUGCCACAGAAUUGGUGUCAGAAAUAAUCCAGACUGCUACUGAUGAGAUUGGAAAGAUCUUAGCGCCUCAGAGAAAGUCAAAGGUUUCCCCAAAACAGCCCUCAGUAGAGAUCGUGGAGGAGGCCAAGCUUGACAGUCAGGACCUGCCUGCAACUCAAAUUCCAGAGACUGUGUAUACUUCCGACCAAAGUGUUGAUUCGAAUAAGGAACUAAAGCAGGACACUACAGUUACUAAGGAACCUUCUGUUGUAGUGCAACCACAGACAGGGUUAGUCCAAACUGCGUCAGAGGUUGGAAAGAUCUCUCCCCCAGAAAGGAAGACCAAGACUACCAAGGUUUCUUCCAAAGGAUCUAAAGAGAGAGCCAGGAACCAGGUUCCAUCAGCAACUUCUGAAGUAGUUAUACCAGCUGAGGAAGUGACGCCAGAGGACAUGAAGGUUUCAGCAGAUUCCACCAAGACUGGCACAGAGGAAGUCAGAGAGGUUGAAAAAGAUAUGACUCUUCAGAAUGUAAUACAACCAGUAGAGGAUACCGCAGUUUCAGAGGAAGAAAAACAAGUUCCACACUCCACAAGUGCAGACCCUACUGUCAACCAAAGUUUGGAAUCUCCGAUUGAGGAACCAAAGCAGGACUCUACAGUCUUAGAUGUUCCCUCAGCAGCAGCGGAAGUGGUUACAGCAGUAAUCCAGGCUGUAGCUCAUGAGAUAGAAAGAGUCUCACCAGCAGAAAGAAAGUCCAAAAGUGUCAAGAUCCCCCUUACACAAAAGACAUCAUCUCCAUCUUCAAUUGACAGUCGGUCAAAACCAGACAGAGAAGAAGACAAACUCUCACAGACUGACGGACAGAAAAAGACUAUGAGGUUCUCCACAGAUGUUGCUGCAGUAGAAGGGAGAGAGGACACUAAAGAUGAGAAAGUUGAGGACACUUUUGAUUCUAGCAGACUGACUGAAAGUCCAGAGAUUCAGCAGCAAUCUGAGAGUGGAGAUGUCUCCUCAACUGCCCUCAUGCUGGUGACAGGAAUAAUCCAGGCUGCCACUGUUGAGGUUGGAAAGAUCUUUACUCCUGAGAGAAAGUUGGAGGUUUCCCCAGAACUUCCCAUGGAUGAGACCAAAGUGGUGGGAGAACCUGACAGCCAGGUUUUGUCUGCAACUUCAGAUGUCUCCAAGGGGCCAGCUGAAGGGACCUCUGGAGAAGAGCAAGAGCAACUGAAUGUUCCUUCAGAAGCAGUUAUCAGAGUGAAGCCAAGAGGGCCUGUUAGUCCAGAGACAGCUGAGGAGGAAACUGUGGCAGAAGAACUGGUACGUUCAAGUGAGGAACCUCCAAGAGUUGAGGGACUAAAACUGGACUCUGCAGCACAUAAUAAACCAAAGCAGGACCGUACAGUUAUUGAAGAACCUUCGGGUGGAGUGGAACUGGUGACAGGGUUGGUUCAAACUGCUGCUGUGGUCGGAAAGAUCUCACCCCCUGAAAAGAGAUCCAAGACUACAAAGGCCUCAUCCAAAGGUUCUCCACAGAAAUCCAGGAACCAGGUCCCAUCUUCAGCUGAUGAUGUUGUUGUCAGACCAAGUGCUGAAGUUCGACACAUCACAGGUGAAGAGAAGCCAGAGCUGAAGGUUUGGUCAGAAUCCACAGAGACUGUCACAGAGAGAGUCGGAGAAAAUGAGACGACAACUCUUGAGAAUGACGUACAACAGAGAGACGUGUCUACAGUUUUGGAAGAACAAGUUCCGUCAAUGUCCCAAGAGCUUUCCACCAGUAUAGAAGUAGUUACUGUCUGUCAAAGUGUGGAAUCUUUGAUUAAGGAACCCAAGCAAGCCUCUACAGUGGAAGUGGUGAGAGGAGUAAUCCGAGCUGCAGCUCCGGAGAUAGGAAGGGUCUCACCACCAGAAAGAAAGUCCAAGAAUGUCAGGGCACAACCAGAAAAGACACCAUCGCUGUCAUCAGGUGAUGGUACACCAAAACCCGAUCAAGCUGCUGUGGGGGAGAAAGAAGACAUUUUUGCAUCAAGCAGAAAGACUGAAAGUCCAGAGGUUCAGCAGGGAUCUGGGAGUGAAGAUGCCUCCUCAACUGCACUCAAAUUGGUGACAGGAAUAAUCGAGGCUGCCACUGCAGAGGUUGGAAAGAUCUUUGCUUCUGAGACAAAGCCAGAUGUUUCCCCAGAACUUCCCAAGGAUGAGGCCAAAGUGGUGGGAGAACCUGACAACCAGGUCCUAUCUGCAACUUCAGAUGUCUCCAUGGGGCCAGCUGAAGGGACCUCUAGAGAAGAUGUUCAACAUUCAACAGAGAAGGAACAGCAAGAGAAACUGAACAUUUCUUCAGACGCAGUCAUCACAGAGAAGCCAAAGAAGAUAAGAGGGCCUGUUAGUCCGGAGACAAUUGUGGCAGAAGAACUAGUACGAUCAAGUGUGGAACCUUCAAGAGUUGAGGGACUAAAACAGGACUCUGCAGUGUCAGAUGCUUCAUCAAUUGCACUGAAACUGGUAUCAGGAAUAAUGGAGACUGCCACUGUCGAGGUCCAAAAGAUCUUUGCUUCUGAGAGAAAGUCAAAGGUGUCCCCAGAGCAACCCUCGGAUGGUACCGACAUGGUGGGAGAAUCUGACAGUCUGGAACUGUCUGCUACUCCUGAGGUCUCCACAGGACCAAUAGAAUUGGCUCCUCAAGAACAAGUACAUCCAAAGACAGAGAGGGCAGACAACUUGAAUGUUGUCUGGGAAGUGGCUAAAACCGUGGCGUCAGAGGACAUUACGGGGACUGGUCGACAAGGUCAGAGAUCAAGUAGUCCAGGCAGUCCAUCAGAGACAGGCCUGCCACAACCUGUGGGCACUUCCACAUUUCAGUCUGACAGCAAACCUCUGGCUAGUGAAGCUGAUGGAAGUCACAUAAAUGAGAAAAUACUAGUGACUGUCAAGGAGUCUAAAGAGGAGGACUCUGCACAGAAAGUCCUCACUGUCAUUUUGGACUCAUUAGACAUUUUCGCUUCAGCAGCUGAAGGUCCAAAGGAAAAUUCAGAGGCUCUUUUCGCUGGCUCCCCUGACUCCUCAAGGCAGGGACUGGAAGAUGACUCAACUGCAACCUCACAGGGACCAGAAACCAACCAAACACCUUUCUGCACCAGAACUGAAGGCACAGUCCCUCGACCCGAAGAUGAAGGUUCCAACGAGAUUCAGAGAAGAUAUCUAGUCCUUCAUCAACCUGACCCCACAGUUGACCAAAGAACACCAGUGACAGUGGAGCAGCAGUCUAGGAGUGUUCCCACUGGGCCCCCUGGUCUAACAAGUGAGCUGCAAACAUCUGUGAUGCAAAUAAACUCAGCAAAGCAGGACGAAGGAAGUCCAGAGCAAAUGGUCACCCAGCAGGAGGACACAGAGGAACGUCAUGAGAAAGCAGCAGACCAAACAGUGAAUGACGCUCAACCAAAGAAGUCAGAGGAGGGUCCCAAACAUGAGAGCAUCCUUCUCCCAGCAGCACAAAGGCAGGGAGUACCUUCUCCUCCCAGACCAACAGAAGAAGACAGAGCAGAUGUAGAUGCGCUUGAUGAAGGUGAAAGCGAAACAAAGGACUCUAAGACAGGCGCAGUUCAGCUUCUAGCUGCUGUCACAGAGGAAGUGAAAACAGGUGAGCCAGGGAAAGCAGCUCUAAAAACUGUUCCUGCAGGAGAGGAGAAGCCGUCUGCAACUGCAGAGGUCUCCACAGGGCCUACUAAGGGGACCUCUGAAGAAAAUGUUCAGCUUUCAGCACAGAAGGUUUCCUCAGACGCAGACCUCAUAGAGAGCUCAACGGAGAGAAGAGUGCCUGCAAUGCUAGAGAAAACUGAGCCAGAAACUAUGGCAUCGACUGCAACUAUUCUCAGAGAAGAACCAAUACCAACAAGUUUGGGACCUUCAGGGGUUGAGGAACCAAAACAGGACUCCACUAAGUCAGAUGUUUCCUCAACUGCACUCAAACUGGUGUCAGGAAUAAUGGACACUGCCACUGCCAAGGUCAAAAAGAUCUUUGCCUCUGAGAGAAAGUCGAAGGUUUCCCCAGAAGUAAAACCAGGUGAGUCAGAGAAAGCAGCUUUAAAGGCUGUCCCUACAAAAGAGGAGGAGGACAGUUUUGGGGUGAUGUCUCCACUGACGUGUCAACCAGAAGCAUCAACACCCUCCACUGAUGCUCAAUCAGGAAGUGGUCCAGAAGAGAUCAGCAAGGUUGAAGACAGUCAAGGCAAAAUGAAUGAAGAACAUCCACCGUCCAUUGCAGAGUCAAGUUCAGGAGCAGCAGAGAAAUCUAUACUCUGUGUUCAGAAGCAAUUGGACACCAUAGUCACAAGAAGGGAAGAGUCAAAGAAGGAAGCAGCCAGCGAGGACAGUGCAACCCCUAUUGUCAAGCCAGAAAAGAGUAUGAGUGACAUCACCAAGUUUGAAAAGGGUCAUGAGGAAGUGGUGGGAAUUGACUCCAGACUACUGACAUCCAGUUCUCCUGAUGAGUCCUUGAGAACAGGUGAGGAGCCUGUCGCCCCAACAAACAUACCUGUUGAACUGAGCAGUGCUGUGAGUGAACCCAAGCUGUCCGAUCCAUGUGAUGAAGUACCAAGAGAGAAAACAGCAGGUCCUGAAAACGAGUCUGAGGACAGUGAAACAAAAACCCUCACUGAAGAGGAGACUGCAACUGGGAGAGGAACUGACUUGGAAAUCCACCAAGAAGAGGUUCAGGACAAAGAUGUUUCAGAAGAACUCCACAAGCAUGAGGUUCCUCACUUGACAGCUGGUCUGGAGGUAGUCAGAGUGUCUACUGAGAUUCAGGGGUCAGAGGAGGAAGAGGACUUCUCAGUAUUGCUUCAAAAAAAUUCUACUUUAGACAUAACUCAAAAAACUACAAUGGAUGCCAAACCACAACAGCAACCAAGCAAACAGCUCAGUCCUGUGGGUACAGCUGAAUCUGGUCCACUGGAAAAUGUAGAUCCAAGAAGCACAACCUUCAUAGAAAUCUGUUUGUACGACCAGACCACACCUGGGGGACAGUCAACCAGCCUGGGGGAGAACGUGCUUGACCAGCCAGUCACCUGCAGUCCGACCGAUGGCUCAGUGGUGCUUGAGAACAUCGUGGUCAGUCCAGACGUGAGUGUUUUACAAGUCGACAUAUCAGCACAAGAGAUAGGUGAAAUGGAGACGCCAGAAGAAGCGGAGCCAAGACUGGUCAGUGAACUCAAUGUUGAAGAUGAAGGUGAUGUGUCAGGACGCCCCACAUCAACCCGUGUCAGGCUGAUGACGGCUCAGCAGUCACUCCCAACGGACCAACAAGCUGGCAUCGAAUCUGGUGUCCUGGAGCCUGUCAGUGCAGACUCGGAGUCUGCUGAACUUCCCAGUAAAACAGGAGACUCUGCACUGGAGCUGAACAAGUCCACCCACACCCCUCACGGCUCUGAAUCUACCAGCAGAACGGUCUUGAUGGAGGCGCCGGAACAAUGGCACAUAAAGACCAUUAUGACUGAGAUACAGAACUUCCCUGGGUGCAGAGUUCAGGUGGAACAGCUUGAGGACUCCUCUGAGCCUGUGAUAGGGACCUCGGGUGAUCUAGAUGUCCGUCUCAGAUGCUUGCAGACUAAACUUCUGUGCUGCAAAAGCCAGAUACCCAAGCUGGACCUCAACCUUGUGACCCAGCAACUCACAGAGGCUGAGGAAAUCCUCGAUACUGCGCAGGGGCAGGUCUCCGAUCUGGCCGAGGAGACCAGCAGUAAUGUUCCAGCUGACAUGGUGGAGCAGUGGAACGUGUUGGCCAGAGAUGCGGAGACACUGGUGGAGACUAGAAAGUCUCUGAAGGUGUUGGUGGAAGAGUUCUGCCGGCAGACUGCAGAGGGUUCCAUGCAAAUGAAGGAAGUCAAGUCUGACCUCGAGCCUCUGAAAAAGUCUUCUUCAGAGAGCUUUGGCUCACUGAUGAGGACUAUGGACCAGAACAAAGCUCUUAUCCGGGAUCUGCAGGAAACCCGAGACAAAUUGAUACCACAUCUCAGCUAUGACCAACAAGUUAUCGCAGACAUGGAGGUGCAGAACCUCCAGCUGGACCAGGCAGAGCUGGAGAGAAACGUGGAGAGGACACUUCGUCACACAAACAUCUGGUCCAGUCAGAAUGGUAACCUUCUUCUUGAGAUCUCCAUGCUAGAGGGACACCUGGAGUCACUCCACAAACACCUGAAAGACCUUGGUUGCCCUGCAUCCUACUGCCGCAGAGCUCAGGAACUGAUGGAGGCAGAGGCUGAAGUGAAAGCUGCUCAGAAGACAUACGUUCAGCUGAAAGAGCAGGCAGAGGAGGUCCAGCAAGGAUUGUGCCCCAACUCCACCAAAGAGAUUCAAGAGGGUCUGCAGAAGGUGGAAGACCAGAUUGGCUGCACUGGGAAACUGAUCUCCUCUCUGGAACAGACCAGCGAUAAUCCCAUCAUAGAGAAAAUAACCAGGGCAAUGAAGGACAGUCUGGUCUGGGCAAAGGAGACAGAGAAGGAGAUUGAGGGCCGUAGGAGACAGGUGCCUCUCCUCCCAGAGAAGGUCCACCAGCAGCUCCGUGACCUCAAGAAACUCCAGUCAGAUGUCACAUUCAAACAAGAACAACUGGAUGCACAUGUGAAGGAGAUCAGCGAUCUUCUCCCCAAGCUAGACCAGGACCAGGAAAAGCCUGUGGUGGAGUCUGCCCUGACUUCUUUGACGGGACUUUCUAAGUUGAUAUCAGAGAAAUUAACUGCCACAGUGCGAGAGGUCGAGUCCGAGCUGCAAACCAGGGAGAAGUUAUCAGAGCAGAUUGCAGACCUGGACACCUGGGUGGAGGCACAGCUUCUCAAAGAGUCCCGCAGAAUCUCAGAGGAUGAGCCUCGAGGUCCAGCAGAAACGGACCGAAGGAGCCGUCAGAUCAUGGAGACACUUGCAGAAGCCAAAAAGCAAAGUUCAGCUUGUGAGGACCUCCUGUUGAAGAGUGACCACAUUGGAGUGGGGCUGAGUGUUCAUGAGACAUGCAAGCUGUUUGAUAAGAUCUCCGACCUGAAAGCAGAGAUACAGGCCAUCAGCAGUCACCAGACCACGAGCCAGAAACAUCUGGACCAGCUUUUCUUGCGUGUGGAUGCCAGCCAACGAGACGUGGAGAUGUUGGAGAAAAGUCUCCGUCAGAUGUUGGUGGAUCUCAACAAACUCAGGUUUCCCAUCACGAGCGAGUCCUUGCAGGCCCUGCAACCACGCCAACAGCUGAUUCCAGGCCACAAAUCCAAAGUUGACCUUCUUGUGCCUUGGAUCUCCCAAGAGAAGGCCAAGGAGCUGUACUCAACCAUCAGUGAAGUUCAAAGUAAAGUGUCUGCCAUACAAUUAAAGGCCCAAGAUCACGAGAAGUACCUGGGCAUGAGAAAGGCCAUUGAGGACCUGAUGGGGACCAUCCAGCUACAGAUACCACAGACCAAAGAGGACAUGUUGGAGGUAGAUGAAAUGUCCCGCUUGUGUCUGAAGCUCUUGGUACAGAUCCCUAUGGUCAAAUUCAUCUGUGAUGAGACCGAGUCCAAACUUCAGACCGUGUCCCAGGACAUGUACCCCUCACAGCUGACCACCGAGCUCCAGCAGCUCCAGCAGACCCGAAAGACUCUGGCCACAUGGGAGCUGACGCUCUACAACAACCUCAGUGUCACUGAGGGGCCAUUCUUGGAGGGGCUAGACCAGGAGAUGAGGGCCACUGCAGGUGUCAUCCAGGCAACCAAGCAGAUUCUGCAGAAUCCUCCACAACUGGAUCCCAAAGAUGAAGUGAUUCUUCAGGAAUACCUUAGAGUUCUGUGUUUGAAGAAGACAAUUGAGACUCGGGUCAAAGUCGCCAAGAUUGCAAAAAUGGGAAGCGGCUCUCAAGGUCUGCUAGAGGAGAAGGAGGAGGUUUUGAAAGGAUGUGACUCUCUGAUGGAGAGGCUGUGUGAGGCUCGGAACACAGUGCAGACUUUCACCUUGGCUGUUAAAGAUGCUCUUCGCUUUCUCCGGGACGCAGAAGCAUCUCUUCUGCCCCCACAGGGUCUGACUCAACAUGCCAAUGAGAGGCUGCAGGAGACCGAGCUGGUCCUGGCCUCCCUGGACCAGAGCCUUCAGACUCACAUGGAGAAGCUGCGGGGUCACGUUCCGCAGCAUCCUUACCUAAACCCUAAGAUGGUGGAGCAGCUGCUGGAGAAGAUUCUGAGUCUGAUUCUGGUGAAAACAUCAGUGCUGAACGCAAGAGGACUGGUCCAGCUGCAGGACCUGCGCAGGUGUGCAGAGCAUCAGAGGAAGUACAGCGAGGACAAAGACAACUUGCUCUCUGGACUCCAACUUUGUGAGAACAAGCUCUCCCAAAUCAUCCGUCACAAAAUCUGUGGGAUCGCCGACUGUACGGAGCAGCAAGAGAAUCUGAGGCUUCUCUAUGAGGAGGUGAAGGGCCACUGGGUCCAACUGGAGGUCCUGGAGGAGAUCUGUGCAGAGCUGAACUGCUGUGGUGGCCAGACCCUGCUGUUCUCGAUCAGGAGUCGGCUCUUGAGGUUGCAGUGCCUCGUGCAGAAGCUGAUCACUCGCUGCAGUGGGAGGGUCACUGAGUGGCGCAGCAUCAGUAGCAGCGUGGAGAAGGCCACUUCUGCCCUGCAUCAGGUGGAGGCUGAGCUCCCAGAUGGGUCCAGGGUUAGAUCCAUGACCACAGGAGAGCUCAUGGCCCAGCAGCAGAUCUGGGUACAGUACCAGGACCGGCUGGACUGCGAACACAGAUCUCUGUCUGCGCUGGAGCUACGCGUCGCUCGACUGCUCGGAGUUCCUGCUAGCCAGGAGGAGGCGCCAUCCCAUCCACUGUGUCAGCGAUUGCAGGCCAUGCAGGACCAUUACUGCAGACUGAGGCUCAGUUGCAGAGACGGUCUUCAGAUGACUGGACUGGAGUUGCAGGACCGAAAGAAGGGUCUCCUGGAGUUGCAGGAGCUGCAGGUUCACGCUUCGGCCGUUACUGGUCAACUACAGGCUAUGAAAGAUGAAGAGGCGGAACUUCAGGACGCCCACAGUAAGCUGUGCACCUACAAGUCUCUGAUGCAGCGGAUUACAGAGCGUCUGAAGACCAAGUAUUCUGAGGCUGCCGUCCCGCUGGAGGUCGAGGGUAUUCAGAAGGAGGCUGAGGAGACACUGCAGCAGCUGGAGGUUCAGGUCAAUCAGGCAGUAGAGAGGAGUGGACCACUUAACAGACUUGGUGCCAGGCUGUCUGAGAUCCAGGCAGGACUUGAGUCGGUCCAGAAGAGACUGGAGGACAGAAGCUCCUCCGUGGCAGAGGCCAAGGUCACGCAGAAGCUGGUGUGGGACGAGCUUGACCGUUGGCACUCACGUCUGGCGCGGCUGGAGGUGGAGCUGCAGGAGCUGGACGAUCCAAUGGUGGCACUACCUCUGACAGAGCGUUUGGUGGAGGAGCAGCAGCAUCAUUCUCUGCUCUCUCAGCAGGCGGAGCAGAAGACCACGCUGCUCAGCAAGGUCCAAAAGUGGCUACAGCAGCACAAGGAGAUGAUCGACAGUGCCAGCAGCUGGAUGGCAGAGGCCCAAUCGUGGCUUGGAGCCCCAUGUACCUAUAAGACAGCCAAAUGUCUGAAUGAUCACGUGUGUGCGCUGAAGAUGGUCCUGGACGACUCAGUUCAGAUCCGGUCCACCCUGCAAGACUUCGGCUCAGUUCUGACUGAAAUGUCUCAGGUGUGUGACGUUGUGAGCCUGCAACAGCAGCUGGACGACGCCGAUCACCGAGUGGCUAAAGUCCAGAAGAGGUUCAGCGGGCCGCUGUCGCAGCUGCAGCACGCUGCUGCCGAAGUGGAAGCCAUUGAACAGGAAGUCAAGAAGAUGGACAAAGAUGUGGAGGCAAUCAGGUCGCUGCUUUCGGCUCCUGAGAGUAUGUCGAGUCCCCGACAACACACUCUGCAGGUGGCUGAGCAGCAGAUCCAGUCCAUGAGGAGGACCGUCGCAGAAAUCCAGAGAUGUAAACCAGGCCUCGGUCUGCCGCCCAAGUCUGAAGAAACCCUGACUGUAUUCUUUGUCGUGGACACGCUCCAGAGCCUGCUGCUGGACCUGGAGAAGAAGGUCCCUGCUCUAUUCAUCCAGCAGCCGCUGACUCCAGUGCAGGUCCAAAUGCCGAGUUCCCCACCAGAGACAGAGGAGAUCGAGUCGGGUCAAAUCAGAAUUGCUCACGUGAAGGACGACGUGUUGAGGAGUACUGGUGCCGCUCUGCUGUCAGUGGAGCGAUCGUCACCUGAGCAGAGACUGUCUUGGUCACGUGACAGCAGUCAGCAGCGGGAUCGGCAAAACAAUCCUCAGCAGAGGUCGGAGGUCGUUGGAGGAGGUGUGUGGUGGUGGCUGUGGGAAACUUUCCUGGGCGUCGACCUGGAGGACCCUAAGAUCAGAGCUGUCCCAGAACCAGCACCAGAUCCACAACCAGAACCUGAACAAGAACCAGAACAACCCCAACCAGAAUCAGUACCAACAGAAGAACAGGGUCAUGUGACACCUUCAGCUGAAGAGCAGGUGAACCCCCACCACAAACACACACCCACACACACAUCAUUAAACACUCAUCCACGUCUUCUUCAGCUGCCUGAGAACCUUCAAGCAGAACCUUCAGAGCAACGUGAGACGAGACCUGAUGAUGACCAACAGAGCCGUUCCCUCACCUCAGGCCCAUCUGAGCCCAGCAGCUCCAUGGAGUCCAUACCCACAUCCACUGCUAGCUCUGGGUCUGAGAGCAUGGUAAACACCAGCGGCGUUAGACCUUCCAAACCCCAGGCCAAAUGCGUAGUGUCUUAGACUCUCGCUGAGAAUCAUCAGGCCCGACUCUAGAUCCAACAGAACCUCCCGCUGAAGUCCUCUGGAUUUUGACCUAUCAAGGUUUUGAACCUCCAUUUUAGAACCAUGCUUCAUCCCGUUCUUGCCACUGCCUCUCUCAAACGUUUCGAACCCGAUGAGUGGAACCUUAUGGACUGUUGUGCUUGGCGAGCUGCGCCGCCUCACAGUGGUCAGCGGAGGAAGCACUUCCUUUAGCCUGGUGGUUGUUUCCAUGGUGAUGGUGGUAGCUAUUGUUCCCGCCCGGGUCAGGUGGUUUGAAAGCGUGACGUCCGCAUGGAGCAGUGUUCCGUUUGGCUUUUUAACGACUGUAUGAAUUCAAGUUGUGAUCCGUCGUGAUGUUUGUGUGACAUGACAACAAGCUAACUGUUGUCUGAAAACUGCUGAGUGAUCCAGGUGUACUGCACUGAUACUUAUAAUUGAUCCGAUUAAUAUGAUCAUUAACACUGUCGCUGGUGAAAAUACUGCAACUCCACGCCACAAAGGUUUCAAAGGUUUCUACAUUCCAGCUUGGAGUCACCAAUAUUCACACCUGUCAACGUCUCACAAACUUCAGCCCAUGGUUUUUUCCCCAUGUUUCCUGUUUUGCAGAAUUUUCACUUCAAUUUGAACAUUAACGGCAUGUUGGUGUAAACUCUACUUCCUGUUCUUCAAUAAACCCCAGCAGUGAAA